AUGAGAUCUCAAAAGCUAUUCGCAAACAUGAUACUGUCAAGUACUCUGCUGCUUUUGGUAUGGAACGCGUGUUUUUUAUCGGCUUCCAAUGACUCGGGCGUCAAAUAUUUCACCAAUGAAUGGUUGGUGCACGUACCUCUGGGUGAAGUGAUGGCUAGAGAAGUGGCGCGCGGUGUCGGCAUGAGAUACGACGGACCGGAUACUGAUAACGAUGGUUUCCAUCGUAUGACUAAAACUGAUAUUCCAUCCAAAUUGUUCAAUAAUAAUGACGGUAUAACGCGUCGAUUAAAUAACCAUGAAUUUGUAACAGUUGCAAACCAAGAAGCUGUGAAAGAAAGAUCCUACCGUGGUGUAGUUCAACCUAGACAAGUAGUUCCACGGUUCGUUGUACCAAGAAGUAACAGCUUAGAACAUAAUAGUCACGUGAUUCCUCGACACACCCAAACACAAAGUAACUACCAAAAUGCAUUUAAUGAUGAAUUCUGGCCUGAUAUGUGGUACUUUCAAGAUUUACGAACUAAUGAAAAGGAUCCCGUGCUUGAUAUGAAUAUAGUACCAGUCUUUUUUGAACUCGGAAUUACAGGAAAAGGUGUGAAUAUUACAGUACCAGAUGAUGGAUUAGAAUGGACACAUCCAGAAAUAUUACCAAAAUUUAACCCUGACUUAAGUUGGAAUUAUAUUUCGAAUAAUAAUAAUAUUAUGCCUGAUAAAGAUGGAUAUGGAGAGUAUAGAUCUCAUGGUACUAGAUGUGCAGGGGAAAUAAUUAUGCAGCCAAAUAAUGGGAUAUGUGGCGUAGGAACAGCUCAUGGUGCUAGUCUUGGAGGCAUUAAGUUUUUGGACGAUGGGUCGACAGACACUAGAGAAGCUAAAGUAUUAAAAUAUGCUCGUAAUUAUGUGUGCAUUUAUAGUAAUUCAUGGGGUCCUGCGGAUACCGGAACGUUUAUGGAACAUUUGACAGAUUUUGUAAAAAGGUCGCUUUCGAAAGGCAUACAUCAAGGUCGGGACGGAAAAGGAGCUAUUUAUGUGUUCGCCGCGGGCAAUGGAAAAACGGAAGGCGACAACUGUGCUUGCGACGGUUAUGUAAAUUCCAUAUAUACCAUAGUGGUUGCUAGUUGCGACGAUAGUGGUCACGUAGCACACUAUUCCGAAAGAUGUGCUUCGAUCAUGGCUACUGCAUACAGUGGUUCUGGACAAGAAAAAAAUGUGUUGACUGCCGAUGUAAACGGAAAAUGUACUGACAAACAUACUGGAACGUCUGCAGCUGCACCACUGGUGUCUGGUAUUAUAGCUUUAGCUCUGUCGGCCAAGCCGGAACUGACAUGGAGGGACGUGCAACAUCUAAUAGCUUGGACAUCUCAGGUGGCGCCAUUGAGUGAUAACUACGGAUGGAACAGGAACAAAGCCGGGUUCUUUUAUUCCGUUGACUUUGGGUUCGGCCUAGUGAAUGCUUAUAAGCUAGUCCAAGAAGCUAUGAAAUGGGAAAACGUGCCUGAGAUGUCGUCCUGUGGUAUACGCAUGCCUAAGGUCAGAGGUUUUCCUGUAUCGAGAAAUCGUGCUGCCCGUAUUACCGUGCACUCGAGUGGCUGCGAAGGAUUGGCUGGUGAAAUAAAAUACUUGGAAUAUGUACAAUUAGUAUUAACGAUGUCUUAUCCAAAAAGAGGAGAUAUUCAAAUAGCGAUGAAAUCACCGUUAGGCACGGAAUGUCGAGUCCUGGGAAAUCGACCAAAAGAUUUUAAUACUAAUGGUUUGGGAAGAUGGACAUUUUCAAUACUCGCUUUCUGGGGAGAAUCUCCAAAAGGAAAUUUUGUCAUCGAUAUUUUUGAUACGACUGGUGAUGCAUCCAACAAAGGUAGAAUUACUGAAAUGACUUUAUCUUUGCACGGAACCAAAGAUCAACCAAAAGUUUAUCAAAAAGGUCCUCGACCAUAUGAUGAUUUUAAAUUAGCGAAACCGGGUGAUAAACCUAGAUUUUCGAAUCUUAGUCAAAGUAAGGGAAAAAGUCUUGUAAGACCUAAGGUCCAGAAAAGACCGCAUGUUUCGAGUCCAAUUAAUAACGAUGAAUUCCAAAUAAAAGAAGAAACAAAAAAUCAAAUUCAAGAUGACCUAAUGUUACAUCAAAAUUUAAUAAUGGAAAUGGAACAAGAAGCUGCUAAUCAAGAAGAAGAAAUUUUACAGAAUAUUACAUCGAAUAUGAUUAAUUCAGCUAUCGAUUUAGAUAACGAUUUAGAUCUCUAA